CUAAUCCACAUGGUGUCGUUGUUUAGUCACUAAUGGUCACUAAACAAUCACACGUCAUUCCGAUAUUCGGUUGCUUGUAAUUACUUGUGUAGUGUGGUGUUGCAUUAGUUAAGUUAAAGUUACAGAAAUGUCUGAUGUAAGAGAUUGGUUUAAUUCUUUACCCUUUUUCACAAGAUAUUGGUUAUUAUGUACUGCUGUUUGUACAUUAGCAGGAAGAUUUGGACUAGUAAGUCCACUUUCCCUGAUACUUAUAAAGGAGCGUUUCAUAAACAACUUUGAGAUUUGGCGAGCAGCAACCAGUGUUUUCUUUUAUCCUCUCAAUCCGGGUACAGGAUUUCAUUUCUUAAUAAAUUGUUAUUUCUUAUAUAAUUAUUCGCUGAGGUUAGAACGUGGAGAAUACGAUGGACGGCCAGCAGAUUAUUGUUUCUUACUCUUAUUCAAUUGGAUAUGUUGCGUUAUCAUAGGAAUUAUUGGUGAAUUUCCAUAUCUUAUGGAUCCUAUGGUACUCAGUAUAUUGUAUGUUUGGUGUCAAUUAAAUAAAGAUGCUAUCGUUAAUUUCUGGUUCGGCACACAAUUUAAGGCAAUGUAUUUACCAUGGGUGUUAUUUGCAUUUAAUCUUAUUAUUUCUGGAGGCGGUAUGAUGGAACUAUUUGGUAUCUUAGUUGGACAUCUUUAUGUAUUCCUGAAGUUUAAAUAUCCUCAAGAACUUGGUGGGCCAGAAUUACUAAAUACUCCAAAAUUUCUUGAAUCAUAUUUUCCACCUCAAAGAGGCGGUUGGAGAUGGAUUGGAGCUACAUCUACUCAGAGGCCACAAGCACCUGUUAGAAAUACAUUCGGUGGUCAUAAUUGGGGACAAGGACACGUGUUAGGACAAUAAUUUGUUAUAUGAAAUGUGACAUUUAUGUGAGUUCUUUCCAUUGUUUUCAUUUGAGUAAAAUUAUUGAAAUAUAAAAAAACUAUAUAAAAUGUA